UUGCAGGACCUGCACAUCAUCCUGCCAAAGAGGCAUCAUCGUAUCCACCAUGUCGCACCACAUGAGACCUACUUCUGCAUAACGACCGGAUGGCUCAACUACCCCUUAGAGAAGCUCAAGUUCUGGAUCUCGUUAGAAUAUUUGAUUGAGAAGGUCACCGGCUGCAAGCCCCGAGCAGACGACUUCAAGUGGGCACAGAAGAGAGAGUGAAGUCAGAGAGGAGGAAGGGAGGCGGAGGCGGCUGGGAAAAAAAGAGAGAUUGGUGGUUUAGAUUUUCGUUCGAAGAGAGUGUCGAACGAUGGAACAUGGCACAAAUAUAGAAAGAAAUAUAUAUAGGAAAGAGAUAUAAAUUAUAUAUGUUUAGAGGAAAAUACAGAAAGAAAGAAAGGGAUGUAGCACAAAAUAGAAAUAGAGAAAACAAGUCUUUUAAUGGAAAAAGGAUUCUACAAGUGAUGCCUGGAUAGUGCGGAAAUUCAUUUUAUAACUUACACACCAAGUUGGAGAGGAGGAGAGGGGAAGAACGAUAGAGAAAAGCAGAAAAAAAAAAUGGAAAAGAAAAUAGCAAAAAUGAUAUUCAAAAAAAGGAAAUGUCAUCCUUAUAAAUAUUAAUGAAUUAAGCCAAAGCUUGUCAGUGAACAAAAAAAAAAAAAUUGAAUAUAAUGAAUUCAAACUUUUGUAAGAGAUUAGAUAUUUUACUACUUUAGGCACCGUCAGAAUGUAGAAUAUAUUAAGAUAAGGGUUUUUUACUUUUUGUAGGUGUGAAAGGAUUUUGCAGUUUAACAGAAAAAAUACUAAGAAAACGUGCUAGAUGUGUCUCACUGUUCAAGCAAGGCUCACUUGAAGAAAAAGGUGGUUGAUUAGAAAAAAUUGCUGAAAUAAAAACACAGACACGAGAAACAGAAAGAGAACAAAGCACGUUAUCAUCUAUGAUGUCCAUACAUAGUAUAUAAUUGUGAUAGUCCGCGAAUCAAGUCUCGAGUGAAAUUGUAGAAGGAGUUCUUAGGAUAUUUUCUUUUUCUUUUUCUUUUUUUUUGUAAUUGCUAUUCUUAUUAUUGUUGUCUUAGCUUUUUGAUAUCUCUGUGUAUACUAUGAUUUGCUUUUCUUCAUUGGAAUCUAGCAAACAGUGGAAGUAGAAUAAGAAAAGAAAGAGUACGUGUCUGUUGUAUGUUGAAACAGAUGGCAAGUCUUAUUAAUAUUUUUUUAGAAAUCUGUUCAUAUUUUUAUUUGAAUAAUGCAUCUCUCAAAAUGAACUGUGCAGAAUGUUUGCUGAUAAUUCGCCUUGAAUUAACAUCACUAAUCCAGACAUUUGGAAGCAUAGAUCUUUAGUUAUUAACAAAAUAACAGUUUUGAGUUUAUAUAUACAGUAUAUAUAUAUGAAAUUUUGCUUUAUUGUUUAUAGGGAUUCGUACAUGUGGACCAUUGCUUUAACAAGAUUAAUUCAUACACAAAAUAAAAUAGUAACAUUUUUUUCUCAGGAUGACCUAAUGUUACCAAAUUAUUUUUCAAUGCCUCUUAUUUUCUUAUUUCAUAGAUGGCAGUGCAAGCUGUUAGAGUUAAGUUUCGUAUGGAAAUUAUAGUCACAACAGGUGGUAGUCUACAAUAUUUUGUGAGGUGCAUUCCCCUGCCUCACUGUGCAUCUAGGUAUAGAGAUAUCUCAUAUAUAAACAUCACAAAAUGGUGAUUUUGGUAAUGGUUAACCUAAGCACACUAAACAUUCAGAUUUUUUUUUUUUCUCUUUUCUUUUCUUUUCUUUUUUGCAGUUACAAGCAAUUAAAAUCAAAGAGCUGUUCUGAAAUUAUACUGUUAACCAAGAUGUGGUUAUGGAAGGCAGCAGUAAAACUUAAAUAGAAGUGUUUCUUUUGUAUAAUGAAACCCAGUGAUUGUCAUUAUUUGUAAAGAUUUUUUUUAAAUGUUGAUAUUGAAUACACUCCAUUCAUCAUUGGAAGCAUGUUAAAUGCAGCUGGUGAGAUGUUAGAAUAUUGUUAUAUAUAGUAUAUGUUUUUUCUAUGGGUGUAUCACUCUUUUUGUAUUUUAAAAUAGAUGCUUAUUUAAACCCGUGUACAAAAAUGUAUACUCUAGGAAACCCAUAUGCAUAAUUAUGUAUUUUGCUGUAUACAUAGUAUGCAACUGUGUUUACUAAUGAGCUAAUACAUAAAUAACCACACAAAAAAAUCAAAGAAAUUUAAAAAUGACUAUGUAUUCAUCCAGUCUUACAGAAUUGAUCAAUUAUAUCUUUAUA